CACUGCCUUUUCUCUCUCUGCUCUGCUUUGCUCUCUCUCUCUCUCUCUUUCUGAGAGCCGCAAUUCAGUUCUCUCCCGCACAAACUUCCAACCUCCACACGUCCAAAUCCCAGGUCGCUUAGCCUGAUUAUCAUCUUUCCAGAAAGAAAAGAACCCUCGUCUCUUUCUCGGUCAGUCCUUCUCUGUCUCUCCCGGUUUCUUUAAAUAUACUGCCCGAGUUCUCUCCUCGAAUCGUAAGAAAGACGGUCUGGUUUGUAAGUUGGUCUUCGAGAGACAGAGAUGGGUGUGUUGAUGUUGAUGAUGAUGGCGGCGGCGGCGAUGGCGAAGCUGUGCGAUGCAGCAGUGUACAAGGUUGGAGACACGGCGGGUUGGACCACCAUUGGCAACGUCGACUACAAGCAGUGGUCUGCCAUCAAGACCUUCCAGCUUGGCGAUACCGUCAUUUUUCAAUACAAUGCCCAAUUUCAUAACGUGAUGCACGUGACGCACGCCGAGUUCCGGGCCUGCAAUACCACAUCUCCCAAGGCGACCUACACGACCGGCAAUGACUCGAUCACCCUCACCAACCGCGGCCACCACUACUUCUUCUGCGGUGUCCCGGGUCAUUGCCAAGCCGGCCAGAAGGUCGACAUCAACGUGCUUCGCAACCCCGUGAGUGCACAGACCCCUUCGCCGUUGGCUGUCCCUGUUUCAGGCAACCAGGAGCCUUCUCCAAAUGGCGGCCAUCUGCCUCGCACUUCGAAGGCCUCCUUUGCGAUGCUCGGAUUGCUUUCGGUAGUUCUUGUGGUUUGCUGUUAAUGUUGUUCUUGCUUCUGAGUCACCUUGUGUUUUGGUAUAUACAUUGAGCUCGAGCAGUCAAACUGAAUCCGGCUAGAAACUUCCAGAUUAUACACAAAUCCACUGUAUACUUUUUGUUUUGUUCUGAUUGAUUUCCUCUGUAUUACACAUCUCUUUUGUUUA